UUCAUAGUCAGAGAGGUGUAGCCUCAAACAUUGGCUGGAUACUUGGUGGUAACAAAGGCUCUGGCUGCUAGCAGCAAUUUCCCCUAUGCCUUUCUCAGGUUAAUAAUGUACACACCUGGAGAAGACAACAGAAGAAAGCCAAAUUCCUUGCCAUCACCUGCAGCACAUUCAGACCUCCAGACACAAGUUUAGUGGGAGAAACAAAACCUAUUAGAGAGUUCUAUUUUCAGAGCAUUAACAGUAAAGGGCUUGGCCAUUUGUUGUUAUUCGACACAGAUUUCGUGAAAGUGAUCCUCACUUGUGACCAUUCUUGUUUGCAUGCCUUUGCAUGGGGCUUUAUAGGACAUCCUGAGCCUACACGAACAUGCCUCUUAACCCUGUUGCUGUUACUUCUGCUUGAAGGCAAGCAGCUCCUGAGAACUGCAGAAAAUAUGAUCACACUAUUAUUUUAAAUUAACCACAGAUGAGAUGCAGUGCAGCUGCAGAAUGACAUCCUUUGUUCAUUUGAAUAAUCCUUGUGUUACAAUUUGUUUAGAGGACACAGUUAUUACCUGCUUAUAGAGGCAUGCAAACCGUUCUUCAGAUCCAACUUGUGGCCACAAUUGGUCUGUAUUAAAAUAUGUUAACCUGUACAUAAAAUCACAUUCUUUUCUACAGCAGUAAAGUUUUAUCUUUAUCUUUAUUGCCCCUUGCUUUAAAUUUGUAUGUGACAUCUUUUUUGUCUCAACACUCCUCAUUUUAAAUUCCUAUCUGCAAUUGAUCUACAGAUGCUGUUCCUUUCCUACAUUUGAGGCAAUGAGUGAUUUAUAUAUUUAUUUCAAUGAAUAAAUGAGCCAACUAACAUAAGUCAAGUUACCAUAUCAAUAAUCUGACUUGUUAGUCUUCCUGGGUUGACACAGCACAACGUAUAAAAAAAUAUUUGAAUGUCCAUCUUGAGAUUUGUUUUGUAGACACGUUAUUUGAAUUUGUCAAAGUCAUCGUAGGUUUUGUUUAUAUGUAUGCAAACGUUCAUUCUGUCACUAGUUCAGUCCAAGAGCAAGAGAACAAAACCACACGUCUCAUUCCUCCCAGGCAAAAGACUGAACCAGGAUGGAGAGGAUUGUUGUCAGAGUGCUCAUUAUUACAAGUGCGUGCUGUUUCUCUAAAAGACAUGUCUAUAUCGCACAAGACAAGACAUGGAAAGAUGCUCAGGAAUUCUGCCAGGACCACUUCAUUGACCUUUCACCAAUCACCAGUGAGUUGGAGGAAAUGGUGUUCAGAGAAACUAUCCAAAACGAGAUUGGAUGGAUUGGUCUCCACAGGGAUUUCAGAAGCAGUACUGGAUGGAAGUGGUCAGGAGGAGAAGACGUUACCUACCAAAACUGGAAUUAUGGAGCAUACGACGGUCAGGAUUUUAUCUACUGGACAAAGGAUGGAUGGAAAUCUGAUAUUAAUGGAACUCGUAGACAUUUCUUCUGCUUUAAUAUGACCUUGGUGGAGCAGAUGCAUACCUGGGAGAAUGCUAUGCAGCACUGCAGACAGAGACAAAGUAACCUCUCCAGCCUGCUCUCUAAGACCGAGCGUCUCCUGGUGAUGAGGGAGGUGCAGGAUGCUGGCCUCACUGGCCUGGUGUGGACAGGGCUGCGUUACCUGGGUGGCUCCUGGCUCUGGGUGGACAGCAGCCCUCUGGCUGGUGACUGGCACGAAGGAGGAGACCAGUGUCCAAAACAAAAUCGCUGCGGAGCUCUCAAUGCAGAGGGAGAGUGGGUGACCCAGGACUGCAAGGAGGAACACUUCUUCAUCUGCCACUGAAUCUCACUCAUGUUAUUUUAAGUUUGAAACAUGUCACUCUUGCUGGUUAGGUAAAAUGUUAAGAUUUUGCUUUGAAAUGCCACCUAGUACAGAUGUCAUUUUGCAAAUAUUUCUAUUACUGUCAUUUAUACUAUUAUGAUAAGGUGAAGUUAGUGUUGUGAUUUUAGCUUUGAGUUAUCUAGUUUGUGUCUUUGAAACUUAAGAUCAGAGGUUUGUGAAGAGAGCAAUACUCCAACUUUACUUGUUAAAUAUCUAAUUGAAUGUUGAUACAUUAGAAUUUGACUUAAAUCUUUUUAAUUACAAAUUUAUUUCAGAAGUUAGUAAUCUGGUUUAUUUGCAAAUGAAUGUCUAAUAUAAUUUUCUUUGUAUUCUAUGUAUUGUAUUUAAUAAUUGUGGUUAUAAUGGCUAGUUUUGGCUGUGCAACAGUCGUGUCAACUGAUAAUAUUUAGUAGCAGCAUGCAUACUCUGGUUUGUUAAUGACAUAGCUGAUAUAAUAGCUUUUAUCUAGAAAUACAGAAUGUUAUAUUCAUUAAAAAAUACAAUAAAGCAAAGUCAACUGCCUCUUGAUUUCUAACAACAGAAAGUCAAAAUUACUUGGAAAAUAAAAGAGGAAAAUUUAUUGACGGUAAAAACCAGGCAGGAGCAGCGUCUGUCUGAGCCAACAAA